AUGGAAAAGAAUGGACAGAGAUCUCGCCGGUUGGUUCUGUUGCCAUGUCCAUUCCAAGGUCACAUAAAUCCCAUGCUUCAACUAGGCACCAUCCUUCACUCCAAGGGAUUCUCCAUCACCAUUGCUCACACUGAGUUUAAUUCUCCUAAUCCUUCCAACCACCCUAAUUUCAAGUUCCUUCCAAUACCGGAUGGCUUAUCCGUCCAAGAUAUCUCAUCUGGGGAUAUACUAAGUCUUAUACAGAGGCUAAAUGUAAACUGUAAAUCGCAUUUGCAGGAAUGCAUGUCACAAAGAGUGACGGGAGGACAACAAGACGAUAUCGCUUGCAUCAUCUAUGAUGAACUCAUGUUCUUCGUUGAGACCGUGGCUAAUUUUCUGAAGCUUCCAAGUAUCAUUUUACGAACCACCAGUGCUGCCACUCUUAUAGCUCGCACCACCCUUGCCAAACUCAAGCUAGAAGGUCUUGUUUCCUUAGAAGAUUCUGUAUCACAGGACCUAGUUCCUAACCAUCACCCUCUCAGGUUUAAGGAUCUACCCUUUCCCAUUAGUAGAAAAUUGGAAAGCUUUUCACAGCUAGUGAUUGAUAUGUACAAAAUUAAGACAUCUUCAUCAGCAAUCAUUUGGAAUACCAUGGACUGCCUUGAACUAUCAUCAUUGGCACGUAUCCAACAACAAUACCAAGUUCCAAACCUCCCCAUUGGUCCUCUGCACAAAUUUGGUCCAGGCCCUCCCAAUAGUAGCUUAUUGAAAGAAGACACUAGCUGCAUGGCAUGGCUAGAGAAGCAAACUAAAAACUCAGUUAUAUACGUAAGCUUGGGAAGCAUAGCAGCCAUGGAUGAAAGAGAGCUAGUUGAAAUGGCGUGGGGACUAGCCAAUAGCCAGCAACGUUUCUUGUGGGUGUUUCGGCCAGACUCAAUUCGUGGUUCAAAAAACGAAGUAUUGUCUCAAAUUUUCAAAGAAACUAUUGGAGAGAGAGGUUGCAUUGUGAACUGGGCACCACAGAAGGAAGUUUUGGCUCAUAGUGCAGUGGGAGGGUUUUUGAGCCAUUGUGGUUGGAAUUCCACCCUUGAAAGUAUUUGUGAAGGGAUUCCAAUGAUAUGCAAACCGUGUUUUGGAGACCAGAGAGUGAAUGCAAGGUAUGUGAGCCAUGUAUGGAGGGUAGGCCUGGAAUUGGAGAAUGAGUUGGAGAGAGGUGAGAUUGAGAAAGCAAUAAGAAGACUAAUGGCAGGAAAAGAAGGGGAAGCGAUGAGGGAAAGAGCCAAGAAUUUGAAGGACAAAGUUGAACUUUGCAUUAAUGAAGGUGGUUCUUCCAACAAUUCCUUGAAUAAGUUGGUAGAGAUGAUCAUGUCAUUUUAAUUGUAUAUAUUCCGUCAUAAUAUCAAACCAGGACUCAUUUCUAA